UUGCCAUGGCUUUCUCAUAUUAGUAGUGUUGAAACCUGUUUGAGGAAAGAAAACAAGAAAGAAUAGUUAUGACAGAGCAGCAGAAAAUUCAUCCCGUGGUGGAUGUUGAAGCACCAGCUCCGACAGCGCCUUUGGUGCCUCCUGGCUCUGCUACAUCGGAAAAAGGUAGCCCGGUUCAGCAUCGGCUGCCACAACGUACCAUUCCUGUGAUUCACACAAGGCCACCAAAGAAGAGGAGCUGUUGUUGCAGGUGCAUAUGUUGGACAAUUAGCCUCAUUGUCCUCCUCUUGAUAAUCCUUGGUGCCACCGUUGGCAUUCUCUACCUUGCCUUCCGCCCAAAACUACCCAAAUACUCUAUUGACAGCCUGAGAAUAAGUGAUUUGAGGCUCAACUUUGAUAUGACCUUGUAUGCAAACUUCGACGUCCAGAUCACAGCAAAUAAUCCCAACAAGAAAAUCGGAAUAUACUACGAGCAAGGAGGGCAAUUAAGCGUGUGGUAUACACACUCAAAGCUGUGUCAAGGAUCAUUGCCGAAGUUCUACCAAGGUCACCAGAACAUAACAAAGUUGGACUUGGUGUUAACAGGACAAACAGAGGCUGGAAGCACUUUGAUGUCAGCCCUGCAAGAGCAGCAGCAAACAGGACAGAUACCUCUGGAUCUUAAGGUCGAUGCCCCUGUAGCAAUCAAACUAGGGAAGUUAAAGCUGAGGAAGGUGAGGAUCUUGGGAGACUGCAACUUGGUGGUUGAUAGUUUAUCUGCUAACAAUAUCAUCAGCAUUAAAGCUAGUAACUGCAAGUUUAGAUUGAAGCUUUAAAUUCUUUUCUCUUAAGCAUACUUUAUACGUACUUAAUAUUCGACAGCUUCCCAGUUUUCUGAUGGGGAAGGUCUUCGCCUUUUUUUUUUUCUUUUUUUUUUAUAUUUAGUGUGAAAAUUUGUUAUUGGCUUUUUGCACUGUAUUGAUAUCAUUCAAGCUAUUUGCAG